UAUCACAGGGCUGAGGGUCCUGCCUUCCCUGUGAGGGCUCAGUGUGAUCACGGGCCACACGUGUGGGCAGCGCUCUGACCCGUGUGGGACCCACCAUCAGCACCCCGUGCUGGCACGUGCCCCUGGCCAGGCCACCUCCACAAACCCGAGGCCUGGACCCCACGCAGCUGGCUGGCGCUCGGGUGUCCAGCCCAGCAAGUGCCAGCUGAACGCACCAGGCCCUUCCUCUGGCUCAGCCCCCUCCCCAAGCGCCAGCCCAGGCCCCAUUGGCUGGAGGGGCCAGAACCCAGGGGGCUACACCCCAAGUGUGAGAGGCCUAAUGAUUCAGACCAAGAUGGGGACACUGUGGGAAGUCCGCAGGAGGCCCGGGCAGUGACUCAGUGCGUGUCCCGGACCGGCAGGCCUGACCUGGUCAGGGCUCCUGCGCACUGGGGGACCUGGGUCCUGGGACGCUGGAGCCUCCGGGUGGGAAUGGGGGCCAGGCAGACCUCGGGUCCCCCUCCUUGCGGCCCUCAGAUCCCCACCACGUCUGGCCCAUCAGCCUGUUGCCUACUUUUCCGGAAGCCCGAGGCCCACGAAUGGAGCAUCCCUGGGGACUCAGCUCGGUGGACGACACCCCACCCCAGGCCAGCAGCGCCCAACGGUCUACGGGCCUGACCCUUGGCCCAGAUGUGGCCAGACCUGCCUGGCUCCACCGGCCCCAGUCAAAGUGGCCAUUGCUGGCCGCUGAGGGUGGGUGGAGGCCGCUGAGGCCCAGAGUCCCGUCAAUCCCCAGCGCUGGGCUCUAGGCCCACCCUGAGCAGGUCACCUGGCUGCCCCUCCCCAGAGGUCCCUGCCCCACUUGGCAGAGAGCAGCAGAGACCCACCCAGCCUCGAGUCUGCCUGCAAACAAGGCCAGGCGUGGCCUGAACACCAUGUCCCCUGCUGUCCCUGCCCCACCGCCCAGGCUCGGCUCUGGCCAUGACAAGACACACCCGCGGAGGCCGCCUGGUGCCCCGCCGGUCAUCACAGGGGAGGGCCGCAGCGUCGGUCCCAAGUAUGGACCAGCUUCUGAUGGGGCCUCUCGAGCCUCAGCAGGCCAGGCUGGGCCACUGGCGGCUGAGGGACGCGACGGUCCCGGGAGUUCCCAGGGACAGAGAAUGGAAGUCGAUGGCAUGGCCCCGGGUGGGGACACCUGGGUGGGGUCAGACCGGACGGUGGGCUGGGACCCCACUGAGGCUCGCUUCUGGGAUUCAGGCUGGAGCCGUGGCCCAAGCAGCUGGUGGGGGGCCGGGGACCCGGACAUGCCCCCAGCUGCCGCCAUCGCCACCACCGCCACUGCCCAAGGAGGAGCGUGGGGAGAGGCUGGUGGAGCUGCACGCCUCGUUCAGGGAGCUGGUCACCUUCUUCUGCACCAACGCCGCCAUCCACGGCACCAUCCGCCUUGUCUGCUCCAGCCAGAACCGCCUCAAGACCGCGUCCUGGGCGCUGCUGCUCGCGGGGGCCCUGGGCCUGCUCUGCUGGCAGUUUGGACCCCUCUUCGAGCAGUACUGGCGCUACCCGGCCGUCAUGACAGUGUCCACGCACUCGGAGGGAGCACAGCGCAAGCUCUUCCCGUCGGUCACCCUGUGCGACAUGAACCCACACCGGCUAAAGGGCAAGAAGAGCCAGCGGAAUCUUGAACCCCCUCCUAGGCUUCUGAGGACGGCGAGGGAUGGGGGUCGCUCUGCUCUCCGCGACACCCGGGCCACACCCAGCCCGCCGCCCCCUGCGGGCGCUGGACAACUUUGCCCGGGAGAACAUCUACUCCUUGUAUGGGUUCAACUUCAGCGACAGCGUGGACGUCCCGGGGGCCGAGGCCCCGAGCCCACCCUCCAGCUGGACCACAGGAUCCGCCUCCAGAGGCUGAGCCCCCUGUGGGGCCAGAACAGAGUGGGCUGCAAACUGCGUAACAGCACCGGUGGCGACUGCAUCCAGCAGGCCUACUCCUCCGGCGUGGCGGCCGCCCGGGAGUGGUACCGCUUCCACUGCGCGAACGCUCUGGCCCUGCCGCCUGCUGCCCACGAGGACAGCCACCACAGACGCGGCAGAUGCUUCGUCUUCUCCUGCCGCUACGACGACCAGGACCGCCAGGCCCGAGAUAAGGCAGCUGUGGUCCCCUCCCUGCAGCCCCGGGGCUGCACGCAGCAGGGUGACGGGUCGGGAGCAUGUGCGGGUCUGAGCGUGGCCCCUGGUUCCAGACGCUUCCAGACCCCUCACCACUCCAGUUACGGCAGCUGCUACACCUUCAACGGUGUCUGGGCCGCGCAGCACCCCGGCCUCACCCAUGCUGAGUGCCAGCCCGGGCCGGGGAUCAGCCUGGUCCUCGGGCCAGAGCAGCACGAUCAUCUCCCUCUGCUGUCCAUGGAGGCCGGCAUCGAAGUCACGAGCCACACGUGUGACCACACGCCCCUCCUGGAGCACCGGGGCUUCAGCAUCCGGCCAGGGACGGAGACCACCGUCGGCAUCCGAGAGGGGCUCCAGGGCAGGGCGGCAGAGCUGAGGCGCACCCCCUCCCCCCAGGACGAGGUGCACCGGCUCUGGAGCCCCUGUGGGCACCGCACAGACAGCACGGGGGGCGUGAGGCAACUACUGUACAACACCUCCUGCACCAGGUGGGCCUGCCUGGUCUCCUGCUUCCAGCCACUGGUGGUGGAGACCCGCUCCUGCGGCUGCUGCUUCUACCCCCUGCCUGCGGGGGCCCAGUACUGCAGCUCUGUGCGGCGCCCGGCCUGGGGUCACUGCUUCCACCGCCUCUGCAAGGACCUAGAGACCCACCGGCUUCCCUGCGCCUCCCGCUGCCCCCGGCCUUGCAGGGGAGUGGGGAGUGCCGGGCUGGCCUUCCUCCAAGUCAGCCGUGAGUCCCGGAAGCGGGCCUUGUGUGUGCAGGGCAGGCCAGGCCCCCGGAGCCCGAGCCCCAGGUGGGUGCAGCCCCCUCCUGCUGAGGUCACAUCCUGGCCGCUCCCCCUGCCAUCCUUGCCCUCCAGCACCCCCAGGGAGGGCCCCACCAGCAGGUCCAAGGCCCUGCCCCUCUCGCCUGCGCCCCGCCGCAGGAGCAACCUGGCCAAGGUGAACAUCUUCUACCAGGAGCUCAGCUACCGCACGGUGGACGAGGACACCCGUCUACUCCAUGAGCCACCGUGCCUAGCAGUGCCGCAGCUGCUUUCAGCCACGGGCAGCCUCUGGAGCCUGUGGUUUGGCUCUUGCAUCCUCUCAGUCGUGGAGGUGCUGGAGCUGCUGCUGGACGCCGCGGCCCUCGCCCUGCUGCUGUGUUGCCACCAGCUCCGCGGGGCUCGGGGCCAGCCCAGGGCAGCCACAGGGGUGCCCGCUCCAAGUCAGAGGCUGGCUGGUGGCCGGGUAGCUGCAGGCAUGACUUUGAACGCCCGGGGGCCCAGCUCCACCCCUCACGAUGUUGCAGGGGCUCUGGCAGGGGUCUUGGCUGGAGGUCAGCCCGGUGUGGGCCCCGGAAACUCCUGACACCUGAACCAGCCUGCGACUGGCCUGACCCUGGGAGCCGUGGCAGCAGUGGGCUCUCCCGGCUGCCCAGGGCCGGCCAGUCCCGCCCCACAGGGCCCCCCCACCGGCCAGCCGAGCCAAACCCGGGGCCCAAGAAGCAGCGGCACCGGAGCCCGAGGGCGGGCAGGCGCCAGGCGCCAGCACACGGGGCCUUCCUUAGCGCAGCUGCCUGCCCGGCGGUGACCUCACAGGUCUCAGGGAGGCCCGGGGCAGGGAGCAGGGGGUGUCCCCACCGCUCGGGAUCCUCGCGUUCAGGGCGUGGCGGAGCAUCUGCCCGUGUGCAGGAGCGUGCGCGCACGCGUGAGGUGGGGGGCGCCCCAAGGGAGUGUGUCUGUCUACACCUCUGUGUAGGCGUGUGCAGGCAUCGGGCAGAGCCUCCCUCGCUCAGGGCCAGUGGGAGGAAGGGCAGGGCCAGGCCCGGGCACUCAGUGACCUGGGCCUGUUUGCAGUAAAAUGGAUGAUUCUA